AUGGCGUCUGCAACGGGUAUCCCAGAGCAAAAUCCUGCUCUUGAAGAGGAGGAGCCUCUCUUGGGACGACCGGGAGAUGUCACGCAACGGCCAGGCCAGGGAAUGCAAUUCAAUUUUGUGACCGGAACAGCUAUCCUUGCCCAGGUGGGCAUCGUCGUCUUGACAGCUCUCGUCUGGGCUGCGGUCUUCGAGCAUGAAUUCAUAUUUUUCUCCUACCAUCCUUUGCUCAAUUCCUCGGCCGUUCUCCUGCUCGUCCAAGGCGUGCUAGUCCUGCAACCCACGGCAGCUCAAAAGGACAAGAUUACUGGCGCAUAUGUGCACUCAGCAAUCAAUACAUCGGCAGUGGCAUUGCUCAUUGCCGGCUUGGUCAUCAUCGAGAUGAACAAAGCUUCACACCCAGAAACCCGGUUCCAGAGCGUGCAUGGGAAGAUGGCAUUGGUGGCAUACAUACUCAUCUUCCUGCAAUGGCUCCUCGGUGCCGCUGCAUUUUACUUGCCUGAGACAAUAUUCGGCUCCAUCGAUCGAGCCAAGUCGCUAUAUAAAUACCAUAGAAUCUCUGGCUACGUCCUCGUGGUCUAUCUUCUUGCCGUUGUUGCAGCAGCCACCCAGACAGAUUACAACAAGAGGUUUAUUCAUAUCAAGCUGUGGGCUGUCAUUGUGGCAAGCAUUCUGGUGCUCGCUGGUGUGAUACCACGAAUCAAAAAGCACAAGCUUGGAUUUUGA